UCCUGCGCAAACCCCAAACUCCAAAGUAGCCGCUUCAUAAUUCAUAAACCCAAAACCUGCGAAAACCCUCUUGUUCGGAGCACAAGGAUGGUGUACAGCACAGCGGCUCCAAGUCUAACCCAAAAAUCUCUAAUCUUUUAUCGUGCCGUGAAAUUCUCACGGGGGCCCAUUUCACAUUUUCGCCAUCAGGGUCAUCUUCUGGCAACUCCAAUUCGAGCGAGUCCGACUCGAAGCUACUCAGACCACCUGCACUAUUAUCCUCUGAACUGUAGCCAUGCAGCAGUGUUUAAGGACUUGCGUAGCUCUGGCGUGGGAUUUAAGCAUCUGGGUUCCGAUCAUUUUCGGGUUUCAGCUGUAGCGGAUGAUGGUCCUGGUGGAUAUGGGGGUGCCGGAAGUGGGAACUCCGGUGGGAGGGGCGAAGGCAGCGGCAGUGGAAGCGAUGAAACUGGCGGUGGAGGAGAAAAGUGGUCCUUCUUGUCAUGGUACAUGGCUCUUCUUGGAAAGUAUCCUAUUUCAGUUAAAGCUCUAACAUCUGCACUCUUGACAUUAAUUGGAGAUUUGAUUUGUCAGCUUGUGAUAGAUCAUGUGCCAUCACUGGAUAUCAAGAGGACAUUCAUCUUUACUCUGUUGGGUUUUGUAUUAGUGGGUCCGACAUUGCAUUUAUGGUACUUAUAUCUGAGUAAACUAGUUACUCUGCCUGGUGCAUCUGGUGCAUUUUUGCGGCUUUUACUGGAUCAGUUCUUAUUCGCUCCCACAUUCAUUGGAGUAUUUUUGUCUACGUUGGUAGCUUUAGAGGGAAAGCCGUCACAAGUUAUACCCAAGCUUGAACAGGAGUGGUUUUCUGCUGUUCUAGCAAACUGGCAACUAUGGAUACCGUUUCAGUUUCUCAACUUUAGAUUCGUCCCACAACAAUUCCAGGUCCUUGCUGCUAAUAUUAUAUCUUUGAUAUGGAAUGUAAUUCUUUCAUAUAAGGCGCAUAAAGAAGUUCUUCAAAAAUAGGGGUGCUUUAUCCGCUAGAAAGGCACACCUGAUUCAACUAGCUAUAUUAUUGUAAAAGAAGUCCUUGGAUCAUCUAGGUUGUCUUUUACCUUGGAAAUUCAUCUGUAACAGUGAGUUUAUGAGAGGCAGGGAGCAGGCAUUUCUUUUUACUCCUGUAAUUGAACUCUAAUUCAUGACUGUGACAACUGUUGGCUACUUGCAGAGUGUAUAUUUGAACAAAGAAUUCCCAAAGGAAGAGUUUGCGAUUAGGGAAUGAAGUUGUAAAUUUCUAAGCUAGCACGAACCUUUUCCUAGUGGCGCCCCUAGCGUGGCUGUGACAUUCACCUAGAUUUCUCCUGGAUAGUCUUUCCCCACUUAACAGGAUUAGUUGUCCUUAACUUUGACUGAAACUGUACGGCAGCCCAUGUGGGGUAAAACGUGCUUCAACUUAUAAGUCUCGGCGUGCUCUGCUCAAGAGAACCAUGGGUGGGCUAUAUUCAUCCACAGGAACACAUUCCCAGUAAGAAGCCUCUAGCAUUCGGAGAUGGACUUGCAAAGAAUAAUAGCGCAUGAUGCAUAGUGCUUGUGUUGAAGUGAAUGUGUGUGUUUUUUUUUUCCCUUCCCCGGAAGGAGUUAGGUGAUGAGGAUGUAGUGAAGCAAGCAUGAUGUCAGAGAAGGGGGGUAAAACCGUCAAUUGACACAGUAAAAAGUAAAAUCUUUGAUGCAGACAAAAGGUGGGUAUGGGUGAGGGCGACAGUUUUGACGAAGACCGAAGAAGUCAGAGGAGAUGUCAUGGGGGUGGGGUCCAGGAUCCACAUGGGCAAUGCAUCCUGUAAAGCUAGCCGACACCUGCAACUACUUAGGUCAACCAGAAACGCUGUCGCUUUCUCUCUCCCGCCUCACAUUAAUGGCCAUUCGCCAACCCUAUGUUUGUCUUCAUUGUAAUUUGCAAACACCUGCCGUAGAUUAUAAAUUACAGACUGACUGGGAUAUGGAGAAUUGGAGAUAAUUCACUCCAGAUGGGAAA